ACUCCAUUAUCCGAGAGGCCAGCUUUGUUUGUGUGACAAUAGCUUUACAUCCACAGGGCGUAUGUGGAUGACAUGUGCUCACACUAGUCGUGGGGGAAUAUAACAGUUUGUGCUGACAGGAUAACUCACCUGAUUUUAAUAACAAAGCUUGGUUCUUCUUUUCAGACACAUAAAUGGCUCCGGGCACUGGACAGGCUUGUCCUGUCGACCUUCGCAGUCAUGAUGGGCAAGAUAAUCUUUUACGAGGGCAGGAAUUUCGAAGGGCGUCACUAUGAGUGCAGCGGUGACUGUACCGACAUGCACUCACACUUCUCCCGCUGCAACUCCAUCCGCGUGGACAGCGGCUGCUGGAUGGCCUACGAGAAGCCAAACUACUCCGGUUACCAGUACAUGCUGACCCGGGGCAAGUACCCCGACCACCACCGCUGGUCUGGCUUCAACGACUGCAUCCGUUCCUGCAGAAUGAUUCCUGCUUACAGCGGGAACUACAGGAUGAAGAUCUUUGAGAGGUCAGACUUCGGGGGGAAGAUGACGGAGCUGAGUGACGACUGCCCCAACCUGCAGGACCGCUUCCACCUGCGGGACGUGUCCUCCUGCAGCGUCAUGGAGGGCUACUGGAUCCUGCACGAGCACCCAAACUACCGCGGUCGCCAGUACUUCCUGCGCCCUGGAGAGUACAACAAGCACAGCGACUGGGGCAGCCUCAGCACCACCAUCGGCUCUGUGCGCCGUGUCACCGAGCUCAAACAGACCCAGUAGACCUGCUGUGGAGCUGCUGUGGACCAGCCUGACACCAGCUCACACCUGGGGGCUGGGAUCACACUCACCACAGGGCCAACAUCAAGGGAGAGACACACCUGGAUGAGGCUGGCUGAACACAGGCUGGGUUAUCCAGGUUUAGCUGUAAUAAAGGCCUAGAGGCAGGAGUCAGCUUUGUGGAGGCGCGCAUGCGCCAUGCACACGCACACACACACACACACACACACACACACACACACACAGAGAGAGAAGCCUAACAGACCUGUGUACAGUAAAACAUUAGUAGAUGCACUAACAGACCUGUGUAUAGGACAGUAGCAGUCACUAAUGCAGUAUUGCAGCUUCACAGCAGCAAAAACAGGUGCAAUUUCUAAGAGGAUCCUACGUUCAUGUUUGUAGUGUUUUAACAAAACUCAUGAAUUUCAUCUGUGUAAAGGCCUGUCAUCCUGUCUAUGUAGCAUGUGUAGAAUACCAAGAGCUCAACACAGUUGAUGUUUGAAAGAUUUAGCAAUUAAAUGUUGUUUUUGGUGUAAUGAUCAAUAAAGAAUUUGCCUACUCAUUAAAUAAUACAUUUGUAAACCAAGGCUUCCAACUAUUUAUUUUGCCAUAAAUGUGACAAAUAUGAAACAGUACUUCAUAUAUGGAACUGUCCAGAAGAACAUUUAUUGAAAUCUGAAGGCAGACAAUAACCAAAACUUAUUUUUAGCAAAG